AUAGAACCAAACAAUAUAUGCAAAAUAGUUUUUCUGGGUUUGAGGAAAGUAUUUAAUUUUUUUUGUAGAAUCCGCUAAAAGAAAAAGUCUAAAAAAUCACCACAAAAGGUCAAGUACACUUGUAUAUUGAAUAGAAUCAAUAUUGACCUGUAGUUUAAAGAGGAUCACCUGCAGAGAAGAUUUUUUAUUGGCUACAGCGUGAUGUGAUAUAAAGAAUUAUGGAUUUCACAUCAAGUCAAAGAAUUUGCUUACUUUCACACGUGUACGAAUAAAUUGAAUGCUGGGUUCUCUAACCUUGAAAAAUUUAAAUUGCUAUUUUGAUAAUAAUAAUUCUUAUACAUCACUUAUUGUAAUCAAUCGUAAAAUGACAGAAAAAGUUAUUCCAUUGAAGAACAGUUACGAAUGUGAAAUGGAUGGAAGUAGUGACAGUGACAGUGGGGAUGAUUGGAAUGAAAUCAUAGAAGAUUUUGAAUGUAUACCAUGCCUUUUUUGUAAUGAAGUAACAAGUAACUUUUCUCUAGCAUUAGAACAUCUUGCAGUAUCACACAAAUUUGAUUUAAAAAAUUUUAUAACAAGACAUUCACUUGACACUUAUUCAUAUAUUAAACUCAUUAAUUUUAUCCGACAUAAAAAUGUUUUACCUGAUCAGUUGAAUGCACUGAAUAUAAAAACAUGGGAAAGCGAUGAAUAUUUAAGGCCUGUCAUUGAAGAUGAUCCUUGGUUGAUGUUUGAUAUUGAAGAUUUAGAGGAAAAAACAAUAAAGCCUGUAGCAUAUACAGUAAAUUCAGAAAAUGGUUGUGUCACAUUGUCUGAAGCACAUUUUGCUGAACUACAAAGAACCAUACAAACGCUAAGGGCACAGUUAGAACAGCGUGAAUUAGCAUGUUCUUUGGCAAAACAACAAAUAGAUGAAAUGACAGAAAAAGCACGAAAAUUGGUCUUUGAUGAUGAUAUAGAUGAAAACAAUAUUACUACUUCCAGGAACUCUAAUUGUAAUGUUGAUAAAGGCUAUUUUAAUACAUAUAGUCAUUUUGCUAUACACCAUGAAAUGUUAACGGAUAAAGUUAGGACAGAAAGUUACAGAGAUGCACUUUUAACAAAUGCAAAUCGUUUUAGUAAUUGUGUGGUGCUAGAUGUUGGAUGCGGAACUGGUAUCUUGUCUAUGUUUGCUGCAAAAACCGGUUGUCGUAAAGUAAUCAGCGUUGACCAAUCAGAUGUAAUAUAUCAUGCUAUUGAUAUAGUGAGAGAAAACAAUUUGAGUGAUGUUAUCACUUUGAAAAAAGGCCGCCUCGAGGACAUCAAUCUUGACGAAGAUAAAGUAGAUGCAAUUGUAUCCGAAUGGAUGGGAUAUUUUCUUUUGUUUGAGGGUAUGCUAGAUACAGUUAUAUACGCUAGAGACCACUAUUUGACACCUGGUGGGGUACUUCUUCCUAACAGGUGUACUCUUAGCAUUGUGGGAAGUGGAGAUACUCGGCGGUAUGUUGAACUUAUCGACUACUGGUCGAACGUGUACGGUUUUAAAAUGAGUUGUAUGAAGGCAGAAGUUGUGCGUGAACCGAGUAUAGAAAUUUGUAAUGCCGACGAAUUGAUAACAAGUACCGUUGAAAUUCAACCGUUUGACUUGUAUAAAGUAACAAAAGAUUGCGUAAACUUUUCAUCACCGUUUGAAUUAAAAGUGAAAAAGACUGGAUCGUUAACUGCGAUUGUUGGCUAUUUUGAUAUUUUCUUCGACUUAGACAAUCCAGUUCAUUUCAGCACGGGGCCUUAUUCACCCCCAACGCAUUGGAAACAAACAGUAUUUUCACUAAGCGAGCCUAUUAGCAUUACGGAAGGGGAAAUCUUACAUGGUAAACUAGUUUGUCGUAGACACGUUAAAGACAUUCGAGGACUAAUUGUUACAAUUCAUAUUCAAAAUACCAGCCAGGUUUACUAUUUAGAAUAAGCUUUUAAUAUUUGCUUUAAAGUUCACGUAAUAGACAUAAGUGCCAAAAACAAAACCAUAGGGUCCACAACAGCUUACUGACCAUAAUAUUGUUCACGACUAUCAUUACUUAUUACGAUAGGUAAAAUACGAUUUAAAAGUUUACCGUGGAAAAUCCAAUAUUUAUAUUUUUUAUGAUGUUAUUACAUUUAUGGUUUAUUACAUUUGAAAUCUUGCUAACAAAAAAAAGAGAGAAAUCGUAGUCUUGCAUAGAUUAUGUGCUUAAAUUUUAUUUCUGCAACGAAGGUAGAUAUACAGUCUUUGUAAAACUUUUCGUUUUUAUAUAUUAUUUUCAUAUCCUUUGUAACCAAAGAUCACAUUGAUUAUUUCUAUAAGUUAUUUCAGAUAAACACGACGCACAUUCUUUUCGUAUAGUACCAUUAUAAAUAAUGCGUAUUUUACGAUAAUGAUUGUUUACAAUUUGUGCCUUUUGAUAGUUGUUAAAUUUACUAUUGGACGUAAAAAUAAUGUUUUCCACAAUUAGAUAGUUUUGAAAGAAGUGAUACGAUAUUGUUUUAUUUUACGGUUCUGUCAAAGUAUAUUAGAAAUUCUUCUAAAGAUGUAAAUAUAUAUUCAGUUAAAUGAGUAUCUCAUUGAUAUUUGAAUAUAAAAAAAAUGAUUUUUAGUGAUUUCAUAAAAAGUAUAAUAAUACUUCAAGUUUCAAGUUUCCAACAAUUUUUGCAAUUAAUACAUUAAAUAUAUUAAACGUACAUAUUUAAAAAACGUUAAAAUAUAAGUACAGCCGAUAUUUUAACUACGCUUAUAGUUAAUAAACAACGACAUUCGAGUUCGCUCAAAUUAAGAACCACUCAGUAGCCUUAACUAAUUUUAACAAAUUUUAAAACAAAAAUAUAUGCAUGCCUUUUGCUUGUAUAUCCUUUCCGUCACGGUUCUAUAUAAUCAAAUCGUCCAAAAUUUCUUUAAAUGAAGAUAUCUUUUCCAGCUCUCUUGCAUGUGCUAUUGUAGAAUAAGUAUUCAUCAAAUUUGGUUACUAAGUAUUACUGAAAUUAAAGUUACUUAAUAAUGAUACACAUUAACUUCGAUACUUUAUCUUCCAUAGUUUAUAAACCAAUGAUAAACUGCUAUUUACUCUGAACUCUUAAGAAUCUUCUACGAAGAAAGAAACAAUUAGGAAUACACUGUAUUGUUCGUUAUUUACAACAUAUUUUAAUUCCUUCUGUUAAAAUUGAAUUGGAUUUGAUUUAGCCAAAUAAUACAAAAUCUGUGAUAUAAAAAACAUAAGUAGUAGUAAAUUUAUUUUAUUGUAACUUAGGAGCAUUGUAGUUUUUUCUCGAUUAUAAGUAAAUAGAUGCUUAAAAAUCAAAUAAACUGUGACAACCAUGUAAUCGAACCGAUUUUAUGCCUACAUUUCUCACUUAUCACUUAUUGUCAUAUUCAGUCAUACAAAUAAUGAUAUGAAAAACAAAACUUCAGCAUUUAUUCUCAUUCAUACUGUCUUUAUAUAUUGUUUAAAUCUAGUUAGCAUUGUCUAUAAUACUAGAUCUUUUCUGCUUAGUCUUUUACAAUUAUUGGUUGAACUGGCACUUAAUAUUUCACUUCAGUUAACAAAAUACUUACAACUUUCAUCUUGUAUCAAAUAUACACUUAAUAAUCUAUGAUUAAAACUUAUCGAUGAAGAUGAUAAAUAUUUUUUCUUAGGUAAUAUUACUCUCACUUUUUUAUGCAAUUUUUACAACGAAUGAAACUUUGAGGAAAUUCGUAGAGUCGGUAGGUAAGAUUAAUAUCUAAAAUUCGGAUUGUCAGUCUGCCAACCUUUUGCGUUGGGUCCAAAUUGAUAGACCAAUCUUCGGCCCAAUACAGGUAGAAAGAUUUGACUUUUGUAAUAAUACCUGGAACGGUAAGAAAUUUAAAUGUAGAACAAAAAAACAUUGGACAAAUUAAUUUUUAUUAAUUACCUCAUAGCUCGACUCAGUUUCUCGUACGUCAUCUUUGUGUUUCCUUUCCGCGAACCCCAUCGUUUCGCGACCUCGUCACUUUUAACAAACCGAAAUUUCGCUUGCGAGUAAUCUUCCCAACAUAUUAGACUUGGACAAGUUUCUCUAUUUCGUAACAAAUCUCUAAUGAAUUCCCAUAGUUUUCCUUGACUGCUGGCUACAAGUAUAUCGUACAGCUUUCACUAAAUCUUUUCAAAAUUAUAUUAUACAUCUAACUUUUUUUUGUGAUCAAUACAUACAAUUCUUUUUCGUUUUUAAUACUCUUGGUCUACCCGGCGGUCGUUUGGUAGAUACAUCAAUACUGUUAUUAUCUGAUUCUGCGUCUGUAAAGUCAUAAAAUUAAAAUACAGGUCCAAAAUAAUUAAAAAAAAAAGAAAAAUUACAAACAUUUACUACCUGAUGUACUAUUAGAAUUAAUUCGCGCGUACUGGUCUUCGGAAGCGGGAUGAAUGGUGUCGAAUGUUGGAGCUGUAAUUAAAAUAAUUCAUUUUAUAUUUUUACUUCAAUGACUUUCUUUUACACAUCCGCUAAAGGAUGAAGUGUAACUAUUCUUUUAACGUUAAAAAAAUAAGGCGUUAAAGAAAUAUGAUGUGUAAUUAUUAUCUACUACAUACUAUUACAUUAUUUAUAUUUGUUAUCAAUGCUCCGCAUAGUAGUAGUUACAUACAUAUGUUUGAGAUAUGCUGAGAGUGGAGUAGGUCAUAGAGCCGAUUUCCAUACAAGGGAUCAUGAUUUAUAAAAUCGUCUCUUGUGAAGGUAACUAAUUCGUGUCCUGGUACUGCAAGACUUUGUUGAAUUAAACCGUACGGUUGUCCAAUGUAUGAUGCCGCAGAUAUCAACCAAUUGAUCGUUUCUUCCUGGCACCAAUUUCUGACAGGUUUAUCCGACCAGCCGGCACCGUCAAUUUCAUUGUUUUCGUCGCCUGUUGAACAGACGAUGACGUGACAAAAUUGACAGAUCAUAAUAAAAAAUGUUUAAAGUGUAUACAGGAUAUUUCAUGCAAUUAGGCCAAGUUAUAGCUGUAGAACGAUAAAGGUUUUGUAUUCAUUUUAAGCAAUAAUUAAAAAUGUUUAAUCAGCUCAA